GAGCGGCGGAGGAGAAGGCGGAGGCGCGGUUUCCCCGGCUGAUCGGGAAGGAAGGAUGACCGAGGGAGGAUGUGCACCAGCAGCCAGAUCAUCGGGAGCCUCCUGGUGCUCUCCGUGCUGGAGAUAGGGUUAGGGGUGUCCAGCGUGGCCGUGGGGGCGGUCAGUUUCAGCCUGGUCCUCACAGAGCAUAAACCUCAACUGGGAGACUCUUCUCCGGUAUGGAGCGGGGUGUGUUUUCUGCUUUGUGGCAUAUGUGGAAUAUUGUGUGCCAAAAAAAAAUCCGGACUUAUCAUGAUACUUUUUUCUGCCUGUUGCAUCUGUGGACUAAUCGGAGGAAUUUUAAAUUUUCAAUUUCUUCGUGCUCUCACAAAGAAGUCGUCUGCUCUCUAUUCUUUGCAUCUUGCCUCCAUGUCUCUUGCAUGCAUUGGAAUUGGUGGUUGCACCCUUUCUUCAUGGCUCACUUGUCGGCUAGCCAGCUAUGAACAAAGGCGAAUGUUCUCAGAAAGAGAACAUUCAUUGCAUCACUCCCAUGAAAUGGCAGAAAAAGAAAUGACAGACAACCUAAGCAAUGGUGGCCCACAUCUCAUUUAUAAUGGAAGCGUAUACUAAGAGAUUUUUUAAAGUUCCGUGGAAUGAAAUGGUUUUAGAAUUUUCUUCAGGAAAAUAAAAAUGACUUCCAGAAAUUGAGAAAAUGGAAUUAUCUUAGCUUUUAUGGCUCAAGUGUCACAACUGCAGAACAGCACAGUUACAUUUCCCUUUUAGAAACAUGUUCAAAAUUUAUCUCCUAAACAUUUUGCGGAUAUACAGUAUUUAUUCACUUCCUGGAUACUCUUUGUCUGAAAAACUGUUCAGAAUUGUGAUAGUAUUUGAAAUAGACUUCUCAAGACUCUUCUUAUGAAGACUCAAAAACCAGAAAAAAAUAAUGUAACUAUACCACACCUAACCCAACCACACGAUUCCUGAAGAGAAUGGAAAAGGGCAGAGGAAGGAUGGCUCUGGAGAAUUUUUUUUGUCCUCUGCAGUCAGCAGCAUCUGGUGUAAUAUGGUGGCUUCAGAUCAUGUGGCAUGGUACCAGCAACGCAUCUGCACAAGCCUCCUUUUCACACUGCAAAUGCAUCCAGCCUGUUUGCCCAGUAGAUUGUAUCAAAAAGAGAGUGCAAAUUACUCUUCCAAAAUGCUCCCAUUUCACAUGCAGAGUGUAAAUGAACAGUGUGCUGAAAACAACGCCAAUGUCUUUGUUUUGAAAGACAGAAUGCUCUAAGAAUGCCAUAAAUCAAAACCUCAACAAUGCCUUGUUGUAAAGAAAUUGUAAAUAUUUCCAAUUUGUGAAUGAAGUAUAUUU